UGCAGGUUGCGAUGCGUUGAAGAAGCCGGAAAGUUGGAAAGCUUGGCGGAAGAAGCAAAAAAAGGUUUUGCAGUUUUUAGGUUGCUGAGUCAGCAUGCAGAUAUCCAGGCCAGGCAGAAGCUGGAAGAGUUGAAGACGACGAGAAGACGAAGAACAAAACUAAGAACAAGAAGGAGAAGAAGAAGAAGAAGACGAAGGAGAUAAUAGAAGAAGAGAAGAGAUGAAGAGGGCGGCGAGCAUCACGUCGAAGGAGGCAAAGAAGCCCAAGUCGACGAUCACGGCGUUCUUCGCGUCGUCGCCAGGCUCAGGCACAGCUACAUCGGCAGCUCCAAGGGCCACGUUCGACAAGGCCAAAUGGACGAGCAGCCUGACAGCCGAGCAGCGGGAGCUGCUGAAGCUCGAGAUAGACACGCUGGACGAGAGCUGGCUGGCCCAUCUGACGGACGAGCUGCUCUCGCGCGAGUUCCUGGCGCUGAAGCGUUUCCUGCGUGACGAGAAGAAGUCUGGUGCCAAUAUCUUCCCCCCCGAGCAGGACAUCUACUCAUGGUCGAGGUACACGCCGCUGCACAAGGUCAAGGCGGUCAUCAUAGGCCAGGACCCGUACCACAACCACGGCCAGGCUCACGGUCUCUGCUUCUCCGUACGCCCGCCGACGCCAGCUCCCCCUUCGCUCAAGAACAUCUACCUUGCCCUGAAGAACGACUACCCGGCCUUCGAGGAGCCCGCCAACCGCGGAGGGCUGCUCACUCCAUGGGCCCAGCAAGGGGUACUCCUGCUCAAUACCUGUCUCACCGUCCGAGCUCACAAUGCAAACUCCCAUUCGCAGCGUGGCUGGGAGCGUUUCACCCAGCGGGCCAUUGACCUUGUCGCCCGUGUACGCACAAAGGGGGUCGUCUUCCUGGCCUGGGGUAGCCCUGCAGGCAAGAGGGUGUCUGGAGUCAACAGGGAGAGACACUGUGUUCUACAGUCUGUCCAUCCAAGCCCUCUCAGUGCCCACAAGGGAUUUGUACGUAUACCACGCAUGUUUUUGUUCUUCUUGUCCAUCAUUCUGGGCCUUAGCUGACUCUUUCUAGUUGACGUGCGGGCAUUUUAAAAAGGCCAAUGACUGGCUACAGACUCGAUACGGGGACGACGGUAUCAUUGACUGGAGUCUCACCUCGAAGCCUCUCGUCACUGUCACCUCUGUCACCACUGCCACAGAGACAGUCGAGGAGGACGGCAAGACAGAUACAGUAUCAAAGACAACUGUAGAAGAAAAGUCAGAUACUAUAUCGAAGACUGCUACCGUUACUACCACUGCCACCACUACGGAUGCAGCUACUGACACAGCUACAUCUACUGCUACCAAGGUAGAUGACAAUAAUGAGGAUGCUGACAGUGACUAUGGUCAGGACUUCAUCGAGGAUGAGACAAAGUAGUUUCACUUCUUUGCUCUCCAUGUUGAUUUUCUAUGUUUCUAGCACUUUUAUCUUUCUCAGCAGGCGUUCACCUCUUUUAUUUUUGAUAUGUUGAUCAAUUUUGAGAUCUAAUUCCUUGUACUAUUGUCGAAAUUCCAUAGAAUUCAGCUUGCAUUACAAGGCCUGGAUCAAUCUAUAGAGGCAAAACAAAGAAUA